CAAGAACCGCAGAAUAUAGGUAAUUGCUGACUGCUGACUCCACGACUGAUAGAAUUUUUUCUUUGUAAAAAUAGAGAAUGAGUGGGGAAGGAAAACCGGUGUGCGUCACAGGAGGAUCUGGUUACAUAGCUUCCUGGCUGGUUAAGUUCUUACUUGAGCGAGGCUAUACAGUUAAAGCCACUGUUCGUGACACUAAUGAUCCUAAGAAAACAGAAAGCUUACGUGCACUUGAUGGAGCCAAAGAAAGACUUCACUUGUACAAAGCAAACUUACUGGAAGAAGGAUCUUUCGAUGCAGUAGUUGAUGGAUGUGAAGGUGUAUUUCAUACAGCUUCUCCUGUCAUUCUUUCAACCAAUGAACCUCAGUCAGAUUUGAUUGAUCCUGCAGUAAAGGGAACACUAAAUGUGCUAAAGUCAUGUGCAAAGGUUCCUUCUCUCAAGAGAGUGGUUGUAACAUCUUCAAUGGCAUCAGUUUUAUACAGAGAAAAACCUUUGAAUCCUGAUGAUGUUGUUGACGAGACUUGGUUUUCAGAUUCUGCAUUUUGUGAGUCAAGGAAGCUUUGGUAUCCUGUUUCAAAAAUCUUAGCAGAGGAGGCUGCUUGGAGAUUUGCAAAAGAGAAUGGAAUUGACUUGGUUACCAUACAUCCAGGGGUUGUGAUUGGCCCUCUCUUGCAGCCCACUCUUAGUACUAGUAUGGAGGUGUUUGCACAAUACGCCAAAGGAGCUCAAACAUAUUUAUAUGAUAAUUGGUAUCUUGUUGAUGUUAGAGAUGUUGCCAAUGCACAUAUUGAAGCUUUUGAAUUGGCUUCAGCCAGUGGCAGAUAUUGUUUAGUUGAAACAGUUGUGCACUUCUCUGAGUUUUUGAAGAUUGUUCACAAACAUUACCCAACUCCGCACAUUCCUGAAAAAUGUCAAGAUGACAAGUCUUUUGCUCCAAAACAUGAGGUAUCCAAGGAGAAAGCAAAAGCUUUGGGCAUUGACUUCAUUCCUUUGGAACUGAGUGUUGUAGACGCCAUUGAAAGCUUGAAGGAGAAAGGCUUUCUUAAUGUCUGAAUAAUUGAGAACUUACGGAGACAAAUAAAUAUGGAAAUGGAAGGCAGACCUCAAUUAAAUAACUUGUAUCCAAAGCUUCGCCUUGUCUUAA